AUGAAAUCGCCAACAGGAGACAUUUUUGAGUAUGCUAUAAAGUUUAUGUUCAACGCGUCAAAUAACGAGGCAGAAUACGAGGCAGAAAUUGCCGGCAUCCAAAUGUGCCUCACCGCAGAUGCCAAAAGAGUAACACUGACAACAGACUCCCAGCUGGUAGCAAGUCAAUUCAGCGGAGAAUAUGAGGCCAAAGAACCUUCAAUGGUCAAAUACCUGGAGAAGUUGAGGUCAGUGUCGGCUCAGCUAGAGAAAUUCAGCAUUAAUCUGGUACCCCGAGCAGAAAAUACGAUGGCAGACGCACUAUCAAAGUUAGCAAGUUCAAAUGUCGCCGACUUGAAAAGAACAGUCAUGAUGGAAGUCAUGAAUAAGCGAAGUACGGAGUCGGAGGAAAUACGGGUCAUGGCCAUCACAACUAUCUCAGAAUGGUACGAUAACAUCCAAACAUACAUACAGACUGGAGCCCUACCAGCAGAUUUGACAGAAGCCAAAAAGACAAAAAGGGACGCGGUUUGGUACAUCAUCCUGUGGGGACGGUUGUACAAAAAGUCAUUUAGCCUGCCAUUCUUAAGGUGCCUGACAGCAUUCGAGUCAGCAAGGCUGAUCGAAGAGAUGCACGAAGGGACAUGUGGGAACCAUGCCGGUGGAAAACCCCUUGCCAUCAUCUGUCAAAGGCAAGGCUAUUACUGGCCAACAAUGUUAGAAGAUUGUCGAGCAUAUGUAAAAAAGUGCGAGAAAUGUCAAAAGUUUUCAGCUGUGAUAAACUUGUCAGCCAAUGAUUUGAUGCCCAUUCUGAACCCAAUCCCAUUCGCACAAUGGGGAAUGGAUAUUGUUGGACCAUUCCCAAUGGCGGCUGGAGGGCGCAAGUUCUUAAUAGAAGCAGUGGACUACUUCACCAAGUGGAUAGAAGCAGAGCCGGUAGCAAAAAUAACGGCAAACCAGAGCAAUGGGCAAGCAGAGGCGGCGAAUAAGCAAAUCCUGGCUGCACUGAAAAAGAAGCUAGAAGACUGUAAAGGCAAAUGGGCAGAUCUUAUGCCAGAAAUUUUGUGGUGCAACAGAACUGCUAUCAAGGAGGCUACCGGCGAGAGUCCGUUUAAGUUAAGCUUCGGAUCUGAUGCGGUCAUACCGGCAGAAAUGGCUCUGCCAACCAUGCGAAUCCAGCAUUACGAUGAGGAAAGAAACGAUCAACUGCUACGACAUCAGUUGGAUUUCAUGCCAGAAAUCCGCAUGAAAGCAGAAAUCAGUUCGGCAGCAUACAAAAGCAGAAUGAGCAGAGCAUACAACAAGAAAGUGAAACACCGGCCUCUAGGAGUAGGAGACCUGGUACUGCGAAGAACGACGGCAACAAGAAAAGGAAAUGCUCAAGGAAAGCUGACAGCUAAUUGGGAAGGACCAUACCAGAUAUGGGAGGAAAUUGUUCCUGGAUCAUACCGGUUAAUGCAAAUGGAUGGUACCGCACUCAAAAACUCCUAG